AUGGCGUUCCCAAAGGUUUUCUUUGACAUGAGCAUCGGUGGCCAGCCGGCGGGAAGGAUCGUGAUGGAGUUGUACACCGAUAAGACUCCAGAGACGGCAGAGAAUUUCAGAGCUCUGUGCACCGGAGAGAAGGGUGUGGGGAAGAAGGGGAAGCCCCUGCACUUCAAGGGAUCUUCCUUCCACCGCGUGAUCCCGGGUUUCAUGUGCCAGGGAGGAGACUUCACCGCCGGGAACGGGACGGGAGGUGAGUCGAUCUACGGGGAUAAGUUCAAGGACGAGAAUUUCGAGAGGAAGCACACGGGUCCCGGAAUCCUGUCGAUGGCGAACGCCGGUCCCAACACCAACGGAUCUCAGUUCUUCAUCUGCACCGUCAAAACCGAUUGGCUCGACGGUAAGCACGUGGUGUUCGGCCAGGUGGUUGAAGGCCUUGACGUGGUGAAGGCGAUCGAGAAGGUCGGAUCGUCGUCUGGGAAGCUGUCGAAGCCCGUCGUUGUGGCCGAUUGUGGUCAGCUCUCUUAA